CUCCGGGCUCACUUUACAACAUAUGGAAGACUGCUCGCUUCUCAGUUGGGUCGAGGUGCGCAUGAGAGAGAGGUGGUCCACAUUUUCACGUGCCACGCCGUUCCCUUUAACGCUCUAAAACAAAACCAAGAAAGUCGCCUGUGAGAGAGAUUUAAGGGACAGUUUUUGACUCAAGGACAUCCUAAAGGCUAAUUUGUGGAGCAAAUACGGCUUGCCCGGAAGGGCCUUACGUGAAGGGUCACCGAGCACUGACAAUCUCCUUCCUCUGGGCUGCAAUUAAGCACGGCUAGAGAGAUUUUAGUGAGAAGUCCGACACGUCUGCACGCACUCUCGCCGCUCGCAUUUACUCACACUACUUCUCUGGUAGAUUUGCACAGAUUUACAGCUGAAGAAGCGUCCAUUCAUAGGUAGCCAGGCCCUCGGAGCAGAAUGAGGGAACCCUGGUCGUACCUGCUGUGCUUGUGCCUCCUGGUGAGCUCAGCGUCCUCACACAGUGCCAACAACCCCUUCGCGGGGCAGCAGACCCCGGCGGACCCUUGCUACGACGACACCGGUGCGGCCCGCCGCUGCAUACCCGAGUUUAUCAACGCCGCCUUCGGCAAAGAGGUGACAGUGUCCAGCGUGUGCGGCCGGCCGCCGUCCCGUUCGUGCAGCGUGUUGGAGCGCGGCGAUGACCGGCCGUCGGUGCGGACGUGCCAAAUCUGCGACGCCGCCGACCCCCGUCGCUCCCACCCGGCUUCCUACCUCACCGAUCUCAACUCGGCUCACAACUUGACUUGCUGGCAGUCGGAGAACCUCAACACCUCUCCGUACAAUGUGACUCUAACUCUUUCCCUAGGUAAAAAGUUUGAAAUCACUUAUGUAAGCUUGCAGUUCUGCUCACCCAGACCUGAGUCACUAGCCAUCUACAAGAGCAUGGACUACGGCAAAACAUGGAUGCCCUACCAGUUCUACUCAUCACAAUGUCGACGCGUGUACAAUCGGCCCAACAAAGCCACUAUUACAAAACAGAAUGAACAGGAGGCUCUGUGUACUGACGGCCACACUGACCUCUACCCACUCUCUGGAGGACUCAUUGCGUUCAGCACCUUAGAUGGACGACCGUCCGGCAAAGACUUUGACAACAGCCCGGUCCUUCAGGACUGGGUGACCGUCACUGAUAUCCGUGUGGUCUUCAGUCGGCCCCAGCAGUCGCGGGAGCUGGGACUGCCUGCCGGGAGCAACGGCGGAGGAGGGAGGGACGAAGACCCCGUGCCGGUCACCUCCACUCUGCCGGUGUACUUUUACGCAGCGGGGGACUUCCAGGUAGGCGGAAGAUGCAAGUGCAACGGCCACGGAUCACGCUGCCUGAAAGACAAGGAGGCCAAGCUGGUUUGCGACUGCAAGCACAACACGGAAGGGCCCGAAUGUGACCGCUGUAAGCCCUUUCACUACGACCGGCCGUGGCAGAGGGCCAGCGCCCGCGAGGCCAACGAGUGUCUGCCGUGUAACUGCAAUCUGCACGCCCGCCGCUGUCGCUUCAACAUGGAGCUGUACAAGCUCUCCGGGAGGAAGAGCGGCGGCGUUUGCAUGAACUGCCGCCACAACACCGCCGGCCGCCACUGCCACUACUGCAAGGAGGGCUUUUAUCGAGACAUGGCGCGAGCCAUCACUCACCGCAGGGCUUGCAAAGCCUGUGACUGCCACCCUGUGGGAGCAGCGGGUAAGACGUGCAACCAGACCACAGGUCAGUGCCCCUGCAAGGACGGCGUCACCGGCAUCACCUGCAAUCGCUGCGCCAAAGGCUACCAGCAGAGCCGAUCCCCCGUCGCCCCCUGCAUCAAGAUCCCCGUGGCGAACCCCACAGCUGUGGUGAGCAGCACAGAGGAGCCAGCAGACUGUGAGUCCUACUGCAAACCGGUGAAGGGCAACCUGAAGAUCAACAUGAAGAAAUACUGCAAAAAGGAUUAUGCGGUGCAAGUGAACGUGCUGGACAUGGAGACGGUCGGUGACUGGGCCAAAUUUUCUGUCAACGUCAUGUCAGUGUACAAGAGUCGAGGCGAGCCCUUAAAGCGAGGGGACAACAUCCUUUGGGUGCACAUGAAGGACCUGGCCUGCAAGUGUCCUAAGAUCCAGAUGAGCAAGCGCUUCCUGGUUAUGGGCGGCAGUGACGGUGGGACGAGCCCGGGGGCGGCGCCUGGGGUCGGACCCGGCGGGGGAACCUCCAACCCGGGGGCGGAACGCGCGGGCCUGCUGGCUGAUAAGAACAGCCUGGUGAUCCAGUGGAGGGACGUUUGGACGAGACGACUGAGGAAGUUCCAGCGCAAAGAGAAGAAGGGGAAGUGCGGCAAAGCGUGAUGGGGGAGUGCCGCGGAAACCUACCUCUUCCUCCACCUCCAUGAACCCUGACCCAGUCCCUUCCAUCACGGGAACGCUGCACAUUACCAAGACUGCAUGUACCCUACCAGUUUUAAGGACCACAUAUUGUGUAUAAUGUAUAAUUAUUUUCCUUUUUAUUUUUUUGUAAUGUCACGUCUUUCUCGUCCUAUGGUUUGCCUUAAAAAGGGACCGUUAAAAAGGGUAUGAAGUGUAGACAAAAGCAGACAGCGUUCCCGCCAUCGGUGAUGACUGGCGCCAACCAACCGCUCCGUUUCCAACCACUACUCCUUCAAAAAGUCUUCCCAAAGGAUUUUUAGAAGCAGCAAUGAAGUCCAAGGAAUCAUCUCCAGUCGCAAUGGGGUUGUUCAACCUUUUUUGGGUACCAGACAUCAGCAGGAACUUCUUUGAAUCGGGAUUUUUUUUUUUUUUGGUAAUACACUCUCUGGAAUUUUCCACAAAAAACUUGCUGCUGCCACAAGACCGGACUCACGCAAGCUCACUGCUUAUUUUCUUUUCCCGUUAUCUCAUCCAACUAUAUACUCUUGUCAUAGCAUCUGAGCAUUCUGUUGGCAUACGUGGGUCACAUUUCUGAGGGUAUUUUCGCACCUCUCCCUGGCUGGACCCUCUCAUCGAAGGGUUAACAUGCAUGACACGUUGCUUUGGCGGGAAGAAGGACAACUGGUUAGUAUUUCAGAAGGACACCACUCGACGGUGGUCUUGAGCGCAUUCGUUUCUGAUGUGUCAUGUGACUGGCAGAAUUUAAUUACGUCAAAAGUGGGCUAAACGAGCCGACUAUUUAGUCUGAAUGAACGAGGCCGGAACGUUUUUAGCGUACUGUAUUGUGACAUGAGACUAUCGCAAUUCAUUCCUCGUGUGUUUUGUCAUGUUUGCGUUUUCGUGGUUUGUGCCGGUCCAUCGAGCCCCUCACAGUGAGACGCUCAAGAACCAAACCAAUGCGAGCACCUCCCAACUUAUCUCCCCUGUCAUCCUUUGCCAAAUGAGCACAGUGGGGUUUUUAAAUUUAAUUAAGAGACUAUGAAAGUCAGAUUUGAAAAUAAAAUGUCUGGUAGCUCUCCAGCUUUUUAUCCGCCUUUCAUUCUGCACGUUGCAGUCUACAGUAUAAGAUAAACAAAAGUUUGAAUCUGAGGUCCAUGCUGACAGGCAUGUCUUGAAAGUUAGCGGUUGUUUGGCUUCGGCCGAGGCUGCGUGUUUGGCUUGUCCUUCCUCCAAAAGACUCUCUCCUCUGCUGCGUAUCAGCCAAGCGCCAGCCGAGCCCCCCCGAGCCAUUUUUGCGUGUUGUGUAUUGAGUGUCUUAGAUAAGUGACAGCGCAGAUCGAGGCUGCCAAAUCUCCUGAGUGGCGCACUGUACUCCGCACUGUAAGCGCUCGUUUUCCUCUCCGAGAAUGUACGUCAAACUGUGAAGGACUCACUCUAAUGUAUUGAUUGUGUUAGGUCGCCCUAAGAACUUGGCUUCUUAAUGUUUGAUCCAAAAACAAACGUAACCAAAAUAAGUUCCUGUCAACAAUUGAUGACUUCACAGCAUCAUGCCCAGGGCUCCAAUGACAAUUACAGUCGAACCUCCACAUAGGAAAUAUAAUGUAACGUGAAGGAAUCCGUUCACAAAACAUUAAUUUGCUGUACAGAUGAUGCUGUAGGUAACAUUUUAACAUUCAUGUCAUACAAGUGUAAAGACGAGAUAAAGUUGCUGUAACGUGACAAUAAAUGUCUUCUAAAUUUGACAAAGCACUGAGAAGAGUGUUUUUAACAACCCUGCCAAAUGUUAUUGCUGGAAAAAAAAAACAACAUACCAAGUAUAAAAAUGAGGCUUCAAAAUGGAUGCUAUUUUGUCUAGCAACUUUCUUAAUGCAUGCGCAUCCCUAUAUGUUUGAGCCCCAAAAAUGUAUCUGCUGAAAGCCUCUAGUGGAUGAAAAAUAUCCUGAGAAAAGAGGCCGUGGCCAGCAGCUAGCUAGCGAGCUAACAGACUUUCGGGGCUCCUCUCGCCUGACGGACGGGCGGCGGGCUCGUCCUCGGCGUCACGUCCUUCCUUAGGAAUUUCAAUAACGAUGCCAAGCUGUUCUGUAAAUUGUGGCAUUCAGGGAAGAGGCAGUUUCGGCGUGUUGGCAUAGCUAGCUAGCUAACUGUGAGUAAUUCGCAAUUGCGCUGGAUAACUGAUGCGAACGAAUGCACUCCAGUUCUUAUAUAGUACCGGAAAACCAAAGUGCAUCACUGGACACCAUUUUAGCCACGCCCAAAACAAUCAGGAAAACUGAAAUGGUGAGGAACAUUUUAACGGUAUUUCUCCACAAUUCAGUACUGCGUAGUUCUCAGUCCUUGCACGUUUUCAGCAAUCAUCUUUAAACAUGUAUAAUGUGUUCAGAAACAAAUCUCUGAAUUCGCUCUACAGGGUCAGUACGAUAAAAGUCAAAGAAAUUAAAAUGACUUGGCCAUUCAAGGCACCUGACAGACACGUAACGCACAAGAAAAUCAAUUGUCUGCAAGCUUCUCUGGUCAUUCACAUGCUAGUCUUACCCAUUUAUGUUGGCUUGUGAUGGAUAGAUACAUUUUUUGAUGUAAUUGAUUGCCAACAUUCCCCCCCAAAAAUGCCUGUUAGGUUAAUUGAAGACUCUCCAUUGUCCAUAGGUUUGAAUGUGAGUGUGAAUGGUUGUUUGUCUGUUUGUGCCCUGACAUUGACUGCCGACAAGUCCAGCGAUAGGCUUCAUCUCACCUGCAACUCUAAUGAGGAUAAGUGGUAUAGAAAUAGAUGAUUGAAUGGUUAUCAUCACACUUUUGCAAUCACUGUUAUAUGCAUCACACACACACACACAAAGCCAAAGAAAAAUAGAAAAAAAAAACAGUUGUUGAGUUAAUUCUUUAGAUGCUCAUUGACCUGAAGGCAAUCAUGCGUCAUGUGAUUUUUGAUACGUGCAACUUUGGAGGUUCCACUGUAAUUGCAGUUUCGUACAAACGGUAACUUGUUUGUAUUUCUACUAAUAACUGGUUAAGCAGAGCUAUUUUACUCUGUAUCUGGAGCUCAUUUCGCAACAAUAUGACUGUGCCAUAUUUUGGCAUCUCUCUUCACGUCUCUCUGGCUCUCGCUCAAGUGCCCACCCUGAACGUUGACGCGAAGAUAAGAGUGUGCCAGAUGUUUUCUCGUCUUUUUAGUCAGCCUCAUAGGGAGAGCCGCCCUGUUGUUUUUCAUUAACAAGGCCCAAAGCUUGGCAAAAGAAGCCAGCCACUUUCGUGCUUUUGCUUUGUUUCUUCUGCCACUGCUUUUUAUAGCAUUCACAGGUGUGUGUAUGUGUGUGAGAAUAGGUUCGUGUGUGUGUCUAAUUAUUCAACGCAAGUAAACAAGUGAUAUGCACAUCACGCUCUGCGCCCUCAUUGCUUUUUGUGCUCCAAUUAGACGCUUUUGAAGCUAUUUUGUAUGUACGCUCACUAGCCGCAACAUUACAGCGGGUACACUUGCACAAUCUAAUGUACAGGUGUCAAACUCAAGGCCCGGGGGACAGAUCCGACCCACCACAUAUUUUUAUGUGGCCCACGAAAGCAAGUCACGUGCAUCAACUUCCAUGAUUAUUGCUAAAAUUUGCAGCAAAAUAAAAAAUUGUUAUAUGUAAUUAAAAAAAAAAUGUAUUGUUUACCAAACCCCUUUUUUUACAGUAACUUGAGCAAUAGUUGAACAAACUGUUACUGUAUCCUUGGCUUCUGAUUUUAAAACUAUUUAUCCAUCAAUUUAUUGUGUAUAAAUUAGGUGCAUAAACAUUUAUAUGGUUUCACAGUCAUACUGGCCCUCUUAGGAAAUCUGUAUUUGGCCUGUGACAAAAAUGAGUUUGACACACUUGAGUGAGAUUCAGUAGAAGAGGUGUCGCAAAGGUAGAAUUUUUCAACACUUCUCAAUAAAGAGAUUUAUUUUAUUAUUUUCAACAAUUUAAAAUGGAUCAUUACUGUUUAAAAAAAAGAACUGACAAUGUGUGGACAGAUCACUAUUACUGAUUCAUGGAAAAAUAUUUAAUUGAUUGAUAAAAUGUUACCUAAAACAUCAUCUGUACAGUAUUUGGACGUGCAAGUUUUGCACCCCACCGCAGCGAAACAUGAAAUUGCCCCUGCAUUUGAUUGUGGUAAAAUACUGUAUAUUAUAUUAAUAAAAUGUAAUUUUAAAUCAGAAGUCAUGGAAAAUAGUAGUAGCAAUAAUCAUGGCAAAACAAAAAUUAUAGUACAUAACUUAUCCAAUUUACAUUAAAAAACUGAUUUGGUGAAAAUAAAUGCUUGUAAAACCAGUUGAAGUGAAGAAGAAUUGCAAUUUGGGUGCACAUUUUUUGCCAACAUGGAAAAAAAGUUCAAGAAGUAUGAAGUAGACACAGGAUUGGUUUUAGUGAGCCAUAUAAAAUGAUCGGGCGGCCCUUGAGUUUGCUUUUCACAGUAUCACAAACUAUUGGAGAAUUAGCAUCUAAAUAUUAGAAACCACUCUAUGUGAUUUAUUUUUAAAGCACUGCAAACUACAACCACAAUUAUUAAAUCAAUCGAAAAGGCUGAAAUUAUCUUCCAAAAGCAGAUUUGUGCAGGUGUACCGAAUAAAGUAUCCUCCUUGUUUUCCUCCCAUUUUACCCACUUGUCAUGCUGUAAAUAUGCGGCGGGCUGCCGUCUUCUGUUGCAUCACGUGAGGCGUCACCUUAUGACUGGCGUCCAUGUAUUGUACAAACAAACGUGAUGAUGUUUCACGGAUGCCGAAAGCAGAAACAUGUGCUUUUGUCAUCGCUGCCUGGAGAUGUUUCACAUGGUACGCAGAAUGUAUUCCUUUAAGCUUCUACGACAAGCGCCCUAUUGUAAAUAACUCUGGGCGUAAAGAUGACUAAGUAGUAUGUGACACAGGGAUGGUUGGACCCUUUGAUUCCACCCGUGGAAGUACAGAUGGGAAUGGACCCCACCUCUUUCUGUUAUAUGAAUGUCUGGAAUAAUGGCUCACUCAUUCCAUGAAGUAUCCACGGCCUUUUGUUUUGGUGCAUAGCCUGCUCCUUACUUCUAUAACCAAGUCUUCCUUGUACUUUUUUCCCCUUGAGGCAAUGAACCACUGAGUUUUUCAUUUAAAUGAAACAAAAAAUAAAUUAUUAGUUAAUGAGC